GCUUCAAUUCCAUACACUCUUUGACGCCUUCGCGAUCCAACCUCGUCUUACUCUCUAUGUGCCUCCUGCCGUUCGACCUGUCUAUCCCGUCUGCAGCCUGCAUACAUUUCGUUGGCUAACAUCCGUUGUUACCCACCCCCGUUGACAAUAAAUCUCCGUGGGAAAUCCUGCAUAUCUUGCCCUGUCUCCAGGAAAUUACUCGCUUCUUAGUUGUUGGACAGAUCUCAUACCUUUCGCCUUCAUGCUAGAGAAUCGGCAGGCCGUCCUCCCCCCAAUCACCAUGGCUUCGUCUCCGUCUCACAACUUUUACGCCUCUCGAGCCGCAAGGACCCCUGAGACAGACACAGCCCGCUCGAGGCACGGCUCGGAUGCGAUGGACAUCUACGUCAUCACAGACCAGACACCCCCAGAGUCACACCAGGCCAAUACGCCCCCAGAAACACACCAGGCCAACAACGAGCGUGGGAAUCACAAUGGGUCUCCAAGCCUAAUGAGCACUGUUAGUAGCAAGAUCCCCGAACCGCAUGAUCCUUUCUGUGAAGAAAACGGACGAACAUACCAUGGAUAUCGCAAGGGAAUGUAUAUGUUGCCGUGUGACGAACAGGAACAGGACCGCCUCGACAUCUUCCACAAGCUAUUUACGGUAGCACGGGUCGAAGAAAGCUUAAUGUACGCCCCUCACCCCCACAAUGGCAGAUUUUUAGACCUGGGGUGCGGAACAGGAAUUUGGUCCAUCGAUGUCGCCCACAAGUACCCCAAUGCCUUUGUUGCUGGGGUGGAUCUAGCUCCCAUUCAACCCUCCAACCACCCACCGAACUGCCAAUUCUAUGCGCCGUUCGAUUAUGAGAGCAACUGGGCCCUGGGGGAGGAUUCCUGGGAUCUUAUUCACCUGCAGAUGGGCAGUGGCAGUGUUGUGCGCUGGCCCACGCUUUACAAAAAGGUUUUGGCGCAUCUUCGGCCCGGUGCCUGGUUUGAGCAGGUUGAGAUCGACUUUGAACCGCGCUGCGAUGAUCGUUCUUUGGAUGGAUUGGCCCUUCGGAAUUGGUAUUCAUACCUAAAACAGGCGACACGUGACUGCAUGCGACCCAUAGCUCACAGCUCGCGCCUAACUAUCCAAGAACUGGAGGAAGCGGGCUUCACCGAAAUUGAUCAUCAAAUGGUGGGAUUGCCACUCAACCCCUGGCAUCAGGAUAAUCACGAGAGCACUGUCGCUCGUUGGUACAACCUGGCAAUCUCCGAGAGCAUCGAAACCCUCAGCUUGGCGCCAUUCAGUCGCGUCUAUCAUUGGCCCUUGGAGAAAAUCAGGAAAAUUGCUGCGGAGGUCAAGUCAGAAGCUUUUAACAAGGAAAUCCAUGCCUACAACAUACUACACAUAUACCAAGCCCGGAAGCCGAUGGUUCAUUGA